AUGUCAGGGAAAUAUGCAUGGGGCAAGGUAUCAGCAGUCACGGUGGGGUUAUUCGCCAUAGGCUAUGCGAUGAUGAAAGCUACGACGCCGACAGAAGAGCAGCUCUAUAAUGAAAUGUCGCCCGAUCUGAGGAGGAAGGUCGAUGCUGCCCGUACUGCCCGGCUCGCCAGGGAGACGGCGGCGAAGAAGCAGACGGACGCACAGACUACGAAUGAGGCCGCGCCGGAGGAGGCGAAGCCUAUCUGGGCUGACCCACCGCAUAGUUCAAGAAAAUAA